AUGAAUCCUUAUCACAUUGAUGGUGAAUCUGUUCCAUGUUCUAAUCGUGAACAUUCACCAUUAUGUUUUUGUCGAUCAUCAUAUCGACGUUCUUUAUUAACUGAUUUAUUUAUUUCUAAAAUAUCUCUCUCUCAAUGUGUUACUUCGUAUUCUACUAAACAAUGUAGUCAAGGCCGAUUAUCUCCAUCGUCAACACAUGUCACUCAACUUGUACCAAAUCUAGUUAAUUAUAGUCAUUGUUUAGAAGAUACACAUUGUCUUCAUACGAUACAUAAUACACAACGUUGUCAACAAUGUCAAAUAACGCCUUCAUCGUUACUGACAGAAAAUACUUCCUAUACUAUUAGUACAACAACAAAUAAUCUUCCAACAGAUUCGUGUUUUUAUAUAUGUGAACAUGAUAAGUCAUGUGGAUUUUUAUGUUCUGAUCGCCGUGUAACAAUAACAAUCAAUUGUAAUACAUGUCGAGGACGUAGACGUAAUGUUACAUGUCGUUGUAUUAAAGUAAAACAAUCUCCAUCAUGUCUUCAAUUUACAAAUGAAACAACAACUCCACGUUGGAUGCAGAAACGUGGUUUUCCCGCUGCUGGAAUUCUUGCAUUAAUGGUUUUAGCUACUGUUUUAUUAAUUAUUGUUAUCAAACUUAUUAGUCGUCAAUUAGAUUUGUUAGCUGGGCACAAUGCAAGGUCUAAUCGUCGUUCAAUAGCAACAAUAACAACAUAUAGAAGUCGACAACCAUCACCUUCAACAGUAAUUAGUUAUCCAAAUACACCACUUAUUCCUCCUGUACAACUACGAAAAGAUAUUGUGACAGCUAAUAGAAUGGUUGAAUUAUUAAAUGAUAAAUCACGAGAAUAUGUUGUAGAUAUUCAUCAACGUACUAAUGCUGAUGAUUUAAGUGUCUUUUUAUUAAAAAGAACUUUACCAUUAAAGCCGAAAACAAAAGAAAUCGUCAAUAUCGAUGAUGACAAUGAAGAAGAAGAUCAAAUUUGA